CUGAUCUCCUGCUCUUUGCAGAGGUUUCCCAGGUCGUGGUCCUGCACGGCUCGGCUGCCGGCUGGUGGCUCCUGGAGGACGGGCAGCGACGCUCCCUGCCGGCAUGGACUGAGUGCAGGGAAGGCAGGCUCUGGGUCUGGAGGAGCAGCAUGCCACGCGGCUCCUGGCUGGAAACGCUCCGUGCUUUUGCCCUGCGGACUCCAGGAAACCUUCUCUUUUGGUGAACUGAACCCUGCCCUCCUUUUUUCUUUGCUGCAUGCCCACUCACGAGUGCUGGAUUAUGUUUGUCUCCUUCUCCCUUUGCUCCAUAAUUUGGCUGAACCGCGGUUUCAAGCUGAGGAAAAGGGGCUGCACCUAAGCAAGCCGGGGCACUGGGACCAGGCUCCUGAGGUGCUGGGUUGUGCAGAGACGUUCAGACUGCUGAUGGGGGAGAGCUGCCCCUGAGGUCUCUCCUCUCCCCCCAAAGGACACUGCCUCACUGCUGGGAGCCGUCUCCUCAUGGCAGAGAGAAUGGGCAGCACCGACGGGUUCCAGUACCGUGCGCUCUAUCCUUACCGCAAGGAGCGCGAGGAGGACAUUGACCUGGUGCCUGGGGACAUCCUGGUGGUGAGCAAGGGAGCCCUGCAAGCCUUGGGCUUCAAAGAUGGCGACGAGCAGAACCCCAACCAGAUCGGGUGGAUCCUGGGUGUCAAUGAGAGGACCAAGCAGAAGGGUGACUUCCCCGGCACGUACGUGGAGUACGUGGGGCCCGUGAAGAUCUCCGUCCCUUCGCACCGGCCCCGCGUGCAGAGACCCCUGCCUGCAACACCAGGAGCCAGUGGCUGCCGACUGCAGGAGGCUCUUGAGCAAGGGUCUCCUCUCCCCGACCUGCAGGAGCAGUUCAGCCCUCCAGAGGUUGCACCUCCGCUGCUGGUGAAGCUGGUGGAAGCCAUUGAGAAGAAAGGGUUAGACAGCGAGAUGUUAUACAGGACAUCUGGCUCCGAACUGAGGCAAGCUCUAAGAACCGAUUGGAGCCUGGGUGACCUGGAGCCCUUUGACGUGCACUCCCUGGGCGAAGCGCUGCGAGGUUACCUGCAGGACCUGCCCUCCCCUGUGGUGCCAGUGUCUGUGCAUGGAGACAUCCUUCGCAUCCUGCAGGAGAUCCCCCAGCCAGAGAAUUGCCGGAAACAGCUGCUGCUGGCCUUGGAGUCGCCUGCAGUCCCACUCCAGAACACGCUCACCCUGCAGUUCCUGCUCCGGCAUCUGGGGAAGGUAUCGCAGCAGGCCGAGAGCAACAGCCUCCACCCUCAGGCCCUGGGAGAGAUCUUUGGCCCCCUUCUCCUCCGGCUGCCCGGCGCCAGCCCGGAGCUGAGUCCUGACUUCUCUGUGCUUUUUCUGGAGAUGCUUCUGCAGACGAAGGACUUGGAGCCAGAACAGUUGCCUCCAGCGUUGCCUCCAAAGCCACCUAAGCCAAAGCCCAGUGCAGCCAGCCUGGCCAACGGGAACAGCGUGCCCUUGCAGGACGCCGAGUGGUACUGGGGUGACAUUUCCCGGGAGGAAGUGAAUGAGAAGCUGCGGGACACGCCGGAUGGAACCUUCCUGGUGCGUGAUGCCUCCAGCAAGAUCCAGGGGGAGUACACACUCACACUCAGGAAAGGAGGCAAUAACAAGCUGAUCAAGAUCUUUCACCGGGAAGGGAAGUAUGGCUUCUCAGAGCCCCUGACUUUUGGCUCAGUGGUGGAGCUCAUCACACAUUACAGGCAUGAGUCGCUUGCCCAGUACAACGCCAAGCUGGACACCAGGCUGCUCUACCCCAUCUCCAAGUACCAGCAGGACCAAGUGGUAAAGGAGGACAGUGUGGAAGCUGUAGGGGAACAGCUGAAGGUCUAUCACCAGCAGUACCAGGACAAGAGCUGGGAGUAUGAUCUGCUGUAUGAGGAGUACACCCGCACUUCCCAGGAGCUGCAGAUGAAGAGGACAGCAAUUGAAGCCUUUAAUGAAACGAUCAAGAUCUUUGAGGAGCAGUGUCAGACACAGGAGAAAUGCAGCAAGGAGUACAUCGAGCGCUUCCGACGAGAGGGCAACGAGAAGGAGGUGCAGCGGAUCCUCAUGAACUCAGAGAAGCUCAAGUCUCGCAUCACGGAGAUCCACGACAGCAAGAUGAAGCUGGAGCAGGACCUGAAGAAACAGGCCUCGGAAAACCGGGAGAUCGACAAGCGCAUGAACAGCCUGAAGCCAGACCUCAUGCAGCUGCGCAAACUGCGGGACCAGUAUUUGGUGUGGCUGACGCAGAAGGGUGCCCGGCAGAAGAAAAUCAACGAGUGGCUGGGUAUCAAGAACGAGACGGAGGAUCAGUACUCCAUGAUGGAUGACGAGGAGGAACUGCCCCACCACGAGGAGCGGACGUGGUACGUGGGGAAGAUCAACCGCUUGCAGGCAGAGGAGAUGCUGUGUGGCAAACGGGACGGCACCUUCCUGAUCCGUGAGAGCAGCCAGAAGGGGUGCUAUGCCUGCUCCGUGGUGGUGGAUGGUGACACCAAGCACUGCGUGAUCUACAAGACAGCGACUGGCUAUGGGUUUGCAGAGCCCUACAAUCUCUACGCCUCCCUCAAGGACCUGGUCUUGCACUACAAGCACACGUCCCUGGUGCAGCACAAUGACUCCCUGAAUGUCACGCUGGCUCACCCGGUCCUUUCCCAGCCACCAGCCAGAUGAACAGACCGUGCACAACACAACAGCUGCCUUCAGCUUCUCCCCAGAGCGCUGCUUUCUGGCUCUGGACUCUUGCACCCUGUAUAGUUGAGUCUCUGUGCUCCUGCCCCUCCAGAGCAUCUGAGAUGUCUGUGACCGUUCCUGGUGUCCCUUUUGGUCAGUAGCUGAAACCCGUGUUGGCUGAUGGGACAAAAAGGCUGGAAUGUUGACUCGCAGCGGCCUCCAGCCCUUACGAGGUGGGAUCUAGUUGUGAUUGAAUUGCUGUGGAUGAACGCAGCCCCCUCCCCUUCCCCAACAAACAGGUCAGGUCCCCUUCUUGCUGGCAGGUUGCCCCGCUGUGCAUCACCGUAGAGCUAGAUCCCAAUUCCUCUGCACUGUGGUGUCAUUCCCUGCCCAGCUGAGCAGCGCUGGCACAUUCUGAGCGAGGGGAUCUGCCGGAUCCUGGAGGAGGAGGAGGAGGAGGAGCCUCCCCUGAGCAUGUGUCCUCCACUCUCACUUCCCUCUUCCCUGGGUGACUUUGCAGUCGGGGGUGGGAGCUGCUGUCUGGUACGAGGGGUGCUGCUCUUCCAUGCAGAGACUCAUUUCAAAAAGAAGGUGGUGUCCUCCAUGGGGCAGCGGGUGUGCUGGCAGGAGGGCUUCUUGGCUGAGAUCCCCCCUCCAUCCUGUUCCCCAUCUCGCUGUCUUGGUCCCUGGUGUCAUAGCCACCUCUGUAGUGUUGCUGUCUGGGGAGGGAGGAUGUGGUUUGUGACGAAUCUCUCACCUUAGUUGUGCCAACUAAGCUGUGAAAUCCGUGUUGGUACCCAUGUUUUUCCCGGCAGAAUCCGUGGGACGCACAGCUCUUUGUUUCUGGUUGUCUUUGGUGAAUCUCUGCGAGUGUAACCCGUUGAAGCUAACUGUAGCUCUGUAAAUAUGGUUCUUUUUGUAAUUGGCUGCUUACCUCAUCCUGCUGAACUCCCACUACGACAUGCAGGCGCGUGGGCAGCGGCUGGGCGGGCUGCUGCAGCUCGGGGCAGGAGGGGUGGGAGGCUGACGCACACUACGAGCCCUGCACAAAAUGAAGGACCUCUGCUGCAGGAGGGUGGCAUUUCUGCUGGGCCUGGGGCCUUGGCACAUAGGGAUGUAUGUGCAUGAUACCCAACUGUGUAUGCAAAGCACUUGUAUUUGUGAGUACUGUAUUGGGGGUGGUUGUAGAGCUGCCCAUUGUGGCUGGCCGGCUUGGGGCAUCUCUUUGGAAAAGGCUGAGUUCAGAGGGCUCCAGGGCAGCAGAGGCGGUGUGGGGUGAGCCCUGCAGGAGCUUUAACAGCUGGACCUGGGCUCUGAGUUGAGGCUGUGGUGGCUUUUGCUUUACUGCAUCAUCCUGUCUGCCCGGCUUGAAGAAAGCAUCCAUCGUCCUCUUGAUUUGCCUGAGAGGCUCUUUCCCUUACAGAGGCCACAUCCUGGACAGGCUGGUGGAUGCUGUAGGCUUUGCUGCUUCCGCUUUGUGUCAUGAUGGGCUGAGCCGGGUCCUCAGUGCUGCAGUGCAUUUGUGUGUGCUCUGCCCACGUCCCAUCCUCCAUGCUCUGUCUGCAGUGGGGCAUGCAGCAUUUCAUGCUCCCAAUUCCCAUGAUCAGCUCUGCUGCUCGCAUUGAUCCGGCCGCUCCCUGGAUCCUUUUUGGAUCUGGGAUUGCUGGUACAAACGUUACGUUCCUGUUGCUUGUGGCAGCUCUCCUGCCCCCAGCUGUACAGACCCCGUUCCUUGCUCUGUGCGCCCUCCAUGGGCCCCAGGCUGUGUGCUGGGGCUCCCCUGCUCUGCCAGUGUUUGGUGCUAUCACUCGGGGGGAUCACAUGGCGAUCAGUGAUAAUUAAUAAUUAACAAUUAAGGGAACAAUUCGGGCUGGGACACGAGAGCAGUAGGGCUGGCAGCCCCCGUGCUCAGAGCCCUCCCUGUGUAAUAAUUAUGGGAGGUGAUUUAUUGAAGUUCACUCACGCUGCAUCUGCAAGGAAAAAAACAAUAUAAAAAUGUCCUAAGAGAGGAGGAAUUUUAGGGAGAAUACCAUUGCAGGCCCAACCUGAAGCAGGAGGAUGGCACUGCUGUCUUCUGGGCCCAGGCGGUGGCCGAGUCUCUCCCCCCCAUAGGGAAACCCGUUGGUGAGAUUCACACACUCAGUUAUACUGAGGGCUUCCGUGGGAAACUUAGAAAUCUCUGUAGAGUUAUUCCAUGAGUGAAUGUGUCUGUGGCCAGCUCAGUUACUCAUAUUCUUGCUUCUGGUGUGUGCUCUGCAGCGCGUUUAUCACCGGCGAUCCAAACGGACCCGCAAUCUGUUGCCUCAGUAAACAGCACAAAGUGCAGAUUGGUUUGGUGAUGGCCUCGCUGAGCACAGCCAGACUCCCUCUGGGGUUUGUUAGUUCAGUUGGAGGCUGUGGGUGCGUCCGUCAGUGUGAGAGUUCGAAUUGGGCAUCGCUCAGAAUCAAAGCCCAGCUGCCCCCAGCCCCUCUGA